AUGACGGCUUCUAAACACCUUGAGUCUGCAGAUCUGGUUAUCAACGCCCCCGCACCCCAGCGACCCAAGGCCUUACUUCAGCGCCUCUCCUCAGGAAUAAUACAUGCUUUGCCUUCUUUUCGUACAUCAAACCCGAAAAGUGAUCCAAUAACUCGCCCAACAACAGCACCGAGCGCAGCUUGGAAGCGUUUGAGAAAAGGAGCGGUCGAGGCCGAGGGCGAACAACUACCCACUCCCCAACUUGAGGUUACUACCACUGACAAUUCUGGGCAGCUGUGCCCCUACAAUCCUAAUUCCUACCACUCAUUUGCAAGGUUUGGGAAGCGGCGUUGUAGUUUCUGCGGUAUGAGAGGGCCAAAGAUAGUACAAAACGAGCCAUGUCAGGCCUGUAGGGACGGUGGCGGGGGCUCGCACAUCUCUUCUGGUGGUCAGUUGGCCAGCACUCACAGGAGAUACUCCGCCAUCGAUGCGCGUCAUCUUGCCAUUCUUGCAGACAGCAUUUCUUCGGUUGACUUGGCGCCUCGUCCUGUCACUCCUGAGCGCGCUGCGAAGAGGAUCGGCAACCCACCUAGAGUUUCGAAGCUGCCUCCCGGUAUCAUCCGCUUGCCCGCAGUGAAUACUCUUCAGGCAACCCAAAAUCGAUAUUCAGCUGCGAGACCACCUUCUAGAGUCACGACAAGAUCCCCUGCUGAUAGUACGUGUAACGUACAUGCGCAAAGCCCUAAUAGUAGCAACACGGAUGAGCUACCGAAGAAGCCUGCCAGUCCCAAGUUGCAUCACAUACAUGGUCUGCCAAAGUCAGAAAAUUUUCCAUUCAUUCAUAGACACGAGAUUCCAAAGCAUGCAGUCGCCCUUCGUGCUGGAUCGGCGAGUCCUCUGACAGAUCGGAGUGAAAGUCCAAGAAGCCCCUCAAAGGUGCGUGGACAACAUGACCACUCAGAAACGGUGUACUAUGGUGGCAAGAACUCACCCUUCUCUGCUAGCCGAGCUGCUACUGCAAAAUCAUGUGUGACUACAGUACUUGUCGAACAGGCUCAAAUGGGGGGAAACGCGGUCACCAUUGGUCACCAAUCGUCGCCUCUGAGUGCCGCAGUGGGCAACAGUGAAGUAUACAGAAGACGCUCACCACAACAAACGCGGCAAGCACACUCUCCACAAGUGUUAGUUGACGCCACUAUCAGCGAGACCACUGUUGGCAGCCAAAACACUGAAAGCACAAGGAUAGAUGGCAUGCGCCUUGAGCUGAAAGGUGGCAACCCUGCUAUUGACAGAACACCAAGGCUCAGAGGUGGUAACGGACGCGAAGGAUCGUCUACGAACACUAUCAGCUUCAAGCUAAAGAGGUGGCUUCUAACCUGCCAUGGCCCCUGCCCCGAUGACUUCGAGACCGAUAGUGACGCUGACCUGCCUCCUGCUCGUGUUGUGUCACCACACAGAGUGGUGGAAAUGCGACGAAAGAUGAAUGGAAGGGCACCUCUUCCACCUCAUUUGUCUAGAAGAGCGUCGACUAUACCUCCUGCAAUAAACGUGGGACCAGGUUCGGAAGGCCACUCUCCCCCAACGGCUUUCACAACCACCAUCUCGGGGCCUAACAAGCAUCCUUCGUCCUUCCGCCUCUCUUCCUUCAGUUUUCCAGCAUUGUUCCACCAGCGACCCGAAUUCCCCAUCAGCCAACCAGCACCCGCAGUUUCACCCCAUGUGCUUACUCACCCUUUUCCGCAUCUGCGAGGCGGGGCAGCCUCACCUGACAAUAUACCGCCCACACUUUUCUGGUUAGCUGGCGGAAAAGGCAAGCCUGUAAGCUCCAAUGGCUGGAAGCAGUCCCGUCCGAAGCAGCGGAUGGGAGGUCUGUUCGGCAUGGCGGUAUUCGGAAAGAACUACGGCAACAAAUAUGGCAACAGCGUCAACCAGGAGAAUAGGGACGUUAGUUCAUUCUCAGCCAGCAUCAAGGUCGCAGUUGAUCAGGCCACCAGUGCUGGGUCGGUGAGAGGCAGCUUUCGCACGUCAAGCCCGAGCCUGAGCUCGAACUCUUGCUCCAGCUCCAGCUCCGGCUCACCCGUGGCGGCCGAGCCUGUGGAGGAAAUCAACUCAGGCGCGGUCGGCUCUGAACGCACAUUUACACCACCGCCUACUACUCCGGCAGACGACGUACCGCUAUGCAGCGGUGCACUACCAGAAAAGCCAGACACCACCCCACCUGCUAUCGCCACUUCUCUAACCGCUAAUGACGGUGACGAAGUAAUCAAGGACGCUGUUCGAGAAGCAAAACCGAUGAACCACCCGUAG